AUGCCGAUGGGGCCUCUGGGACGGGAUCAGGUUCGCCGCGUACUUGAGGACUUACCAAGCCUUCAGCAAAUCUGGAUGACGACGGCGGAGGCUCUCAUAAUGGAACGCGGUAUUGUUGAGCGUACGCAGGACAUAAAGCGAAAUGCCCAGGUUAUGCUGGAACUGAUUCGAGACGAUGGUACGGAAGAGGAGGAUGAAUGGUGGUAUGGACGAAGCACACCUGAAUCUGUGCGCCCCCCACUUGAAGCUAUAGAGGAAGACUCUAUUGAUGGCGUUUGA